UGCGUGUGUGUGCGUGUGUGUGCGUAGUGGGCGUGGAGAGAGAGAGAGAGAGAGAGAGAGAGAGAGAGAGAGAGAGAGAGAGAGAGAGAGAGAGAUGUCUCUUUCCCUGAAGCUGUUGAGCUGAGCGCGUCUGACACAUGAGCCCAGUACAAGAGAAAGCGCACAGAGCCGAACAUCCAAUGGGUCGAUCUCAGCGGGGUUUACUCUCUGACUGGAUUCUGUCUGCGGCCACAGCCUCUGGACUGACACACACGCCUUUUUUUUGUUUGUUUGUUUGUUUUCCGUGACUUGGAGAGUUUCAGUUUUGACUAGAAGCGAACGCAGAAGAGGCGCACGGGACGCAGCGAUGACAGCCGAGUCGAUUUCACCUCGAAGUCACUGAGAGCUCCCGCAUCCCGCUUGCCUGCGCCGCAUCCGAUCCGAUCCGAUCCGAUCCGAUCCGGCCCGACCCCUUUGCGGGAAGACACACAACAAGGAGGCACAGGAUGAAUCCGGCACUCUUGGCGGUGUUACUUGGAGUGGUUGGCGCUCUGGCCAAUAAGGAGGACUGCCCGUCGGGACAGUAUACGACCAGUGGAGAGUGCUGUCUGCAGUGCCAGCCCGGCGAGGGCGUCGUCAGACGAUGCGGAGUUGCGCAGACUGUCUGCGCCCCCUGCCUUGACAGUGAAACCUUCUCCGAAAACUUCAGUCACACGGAGACGUGUCAGCCCUGCACGGUGUGCACAGGUCUGCUCCGCAUGAAGGCGCCCUGCACGGACUCCAACGACGCCUACUGCGUGUGCAACUACGGCUACUACAUGAACGAGCUCUCGCAGCGGUGCGAGCCCUGCACCAAGUGUCCUGAAGGCCAGGGCAUGCUGUUCAGCUGUGAGUUCAACCACGACACGGUGUGCGAGGAGUGCAGCGGGGACACCUACUCGGACCAGGAGAGUUCCCGGGAGCCCUGCAUCCCCUGCAACAUCUGCGACGAAGGGGAGAUGUUACAACCCUGCACCUCCUCGGCAGAUACAAUUUGUCAAGUCACCGUUAACCCCACAGUGGAUUAUACGCAGUUCGAGGACCCCUACGAGGAAACCACACCAUCAGACAUCAUCCUACCAGAGGAUGGCACCACCACCACCAAAACCACCACCACCACUACCACUACCGCCACCACUACCACCAACGGUAAUUCCCAGCAGCGGCUCCCCGACGACCUGAACGACAAACUCAUACCCAUCUACUGCUCCAUCCUGGCAGCAGUCGUGGUCGGUGUUGUGGCCUUUAUCAUCUUCAAGAGUUGGAACAGCUGUAAGCAGAACAAGCAAGGAGCCAACAACUGCACAGCCAACCAGAACCAGACGCCCUCACCUGGCGGAGACAAGCUGCACAGCGACAGCGGCAUUUCUGUGGACAGCCAAAGUCUGCAGGAGCAGCAGGCCCAGACUCAGGCACACACAGUUGUCUCCCUGGAUGAAGAGCCCUGUCUGCUCCUUCCUCUCUACGCCAGAGAGAAAGUGGAGAAGCUGCUGUUCAGGGGCGGCGAAGGAGACGACUGCGACCACAUGGACGACAGCGACUGGUGCAACCUGGCAGGCCUCCUGGGAUACGAGGAGGAGCGGAUCGCCACCUUCCGGCAAGAAGAGAACCCCGUCCGCGCGCUCCUGUCUGACUGGGCGAGCAAGGACUGCGCCAGCCUCGACGCGCUGUGCACGGCGCUGCGCAAGAUCAACCGCGACGACAUCGCCCAGAGCCUGGUGCUGAGCCCGAAUGCUACGAAGCCGACCGCCACCUCCGUAGUGUGAAUUUAAGCUUAAAAGUGAGCAAAACACCCUCACCUUGACAUUCUUCCACAGCUUCGUUCAUCCCACAUAAUUCAUGCUCGUAAAAACAUAAGCUACUCCCUCGUGAAGCCAGCAGUCACAGUGAUGAUCAGCUAUCAUGAAUCCGGAAGAAUUAAUUUGUGUUUAAUCGGGGAAGUUAGAGAAAAACUGAAUGAAUAUCAAAGGAAAACCACGACCCUCUAUUUUACCAUCAGGACGGGCUUUGAAUCAUUCAUUCUCACAUUACAAAAUCCGCCCAAUGUAGAGCCACUGUGGAGCGAAAUAGUCUAUAAUCAUUCCAUGUUAAGCCUGGAUAUCCACCUGCCUUUCCACACUAUCUGACAUCCAGCUUACCGUCUUCUGACUUUCUUAGCCAGUGGAGCAACAAAUGGACUCAUCAUGGAUACCUGGCUCCCUCAGUCCUUCAACACGAUCCUUACUCUUCAUUCUCGAACAUGCAGUCAGCGUGUCUUCUCACUCAUAAGCCAGUGUUGUAACUGUAAAUGUUACUUUACAAGUCUAAGCUACCAAAGAGGAACAACUGUCUCGGGACCGUACCUGACGAGCAACAUUAUUUACAUGCCAUGCUAGAAUUUUUUGAAUCUAAGUUGUCGAGCGGCUCAGUGGCUAGCCUCAGUUCCUACCAUCGGAUGUGGCGCGCAUACCACACAGAGUGUCUGGAGCUUUGACAACCUGAGGAAGGAUGCUUGGAUGUGUUGCAAACUAACUAGUUUUUCCCCCAAUGAAGGCAAAGUUCAGCUAUUUACUCAUCUUGUAAAUACUGUUUUCUGCAGAUCCCUCCUUUAUCCGACAAGUGCUAUAAGAAACUGCUGGCUGGACUCUGUGGGGAAGGUCAACGACCGAGGCAAUGUGAGACACUGUUCUGUGUGGUCAGGCCUAUCUGCAUAACACAGGAGCCCCCAGACAGACUCCGAGCCGAGGAGGGAAGGAACGUGGAACUCAAGCUAAUCCAGUGACGACAGUGCAUACUGUGUGUACAUAGGCAGACACCAUAUAGACGCAUACACAUCCUGUACAUACAUACACACAUAGACCUACAGUAUGUAACCGUGCAUGCAUGUGCUAUACAAACAAACACACACACACACACAGAUCACGUACACAUGACGACUUCAGAUUCUGCCAUAUAUUGUGUAGAAUUCUCUUACGAGGGGACUACAUUGUUUAAUCUCAUUAUUUGUAGCCGAUAUAAAGUACAAUUAAAAUCGAUAAUAAUUUGAAAUGUGUGCUAUAGAUGGUUGAAUAACAGUAAACAGCAUGCAGAAAAAAACUACAGUAGCAACUCGUCGAAUAAUCAGGAUGCAAAACAAAAAAGAUCCAGGGUUUUCUAUGUGUUUUGCUUCAUUUCUCAGGGUAUCGUAAAUGAUUGUGUUAGUGCUACAUCAAUAUUGCACCCUGUAGAAUUAACCGAGCAAUCUGUAGCAGUGAUUCUUGCGACUGACAAUCCUUCAAGCAGGUGCGUAAAAGAGGGAGAAGGGCCAGAGACAAAAAGGAAAAAAAGUGUCCGGUUACCUCAUUGUUUGCAACAAUGACCUUUGGAUAAAAAGGCGACUCAAUGGAGACAUAAGUCAAAGGAUGUGGGAUGAAUUCAGAGCAGGGGAGAGCAGAGAAGUUUUGGAUUACUUCGAUGUAAAGGUGAAACCCAGGAAUCUGCUUCUGCAUUAACCAGCUUGUUAAAAAAAAAAAAAAAAAAGUGUCAUCGUGCAUUCCUCUGCUCAUGGUAGUGCGUGCUUUUACAUUCCGUUGGUUGAUUGAAUAUGUCAAAGAAUUAUUCAGAUAUGUUAUAAUGUUAAUGUUAUAAAGAGGUGAAGUUACGCCCUUUCCGGUAGACCGGCAAGUGACUUUAUUUCAGAAAAAAUAUGUAUGAUAGUAGAUGAAGAGACACAUCGUUUUUUGAUCCUGUUUGAGUUGUGCCAUGAAUCACACAUUUGAGGUUUUUUUCAAUUUAAAACGUAAUUUUUUCAACUCAGGAAAGUAGCACUUUUUCAGAAAAGGAAUGAAAUAUAACAAUUUGAAACUGUCAUUAGAGAUACUGUACAACCAACAGUUGUUUAAGUAAUAACUUAACAUUAAUGCUAUGAUUUCUUGAUUAUUCAAGUUCACUUUUGAACUCUUUUCUUUUUGUUUUUCUAAAUACUCAUCUGUGCCGAGGUGCGGCCAUGUUAGUGUUAUUGAUAUUUUAAUAUCUUUACGACAAACUGCGACUUUCUUGACUCUCAAAAUUACCUUUAAAUUGACGAACAUCACGUGUGUGAUUCAUGGCACAAUUAAAAUGGUAUCAAACAUGUAUUUGUCUCUCUCCAUUGACUACUGUACAAACCUUCUCCAAAAUAAGGUCCCUUAGGGGCUCACCUUAAGGGACAUGACUUCGCCUCUCUAUUAUGCUGCCAACUGAGGACCCCUAGCGCCUGUUUGUUUUCGUUCUCUUUGUUCACUGUCUGUUCGGGGGGAAAGACAUUUGAAGGAGCCAAUAGUUUACCUAUAUCACAAACUUCGUCUGUCACUCUCAAGUACAGAUUGUACAUUGUUACUAACCACUAGCCUACUGAGCUUCAUGCUGUAGUGUUAUUUUAAAUGAAGGUAUUCUCACAUUACUCACUAAGGGUCGUUGUGUUUUGUUUUGAAAUGACAACUGUAAAUGGUAUUAUGUUUUCUCUUACUGUCCUAGAUUGUAGCACUUAAACGUGUAAUUAUGUACACCUGUUUUGCAUCACAAGUGCCUGGGAACUAUUUCAGGUGUCCAAUGGUGUUGUACAUUUUUGUUUCUAGUUGUUUUUGUAAGUAUUUCUCCUUUAGUUGUUGUUUUUUUACUUGUAAAUAAUUUGUCUUUUCUAGUUUUUAUUUCAGUCAACAGCCCAGAAGGCACAACUGUACAAUAUAUUUACGUGAUCGGGACGUUGUUACGAUAUCAGUGCUGUCUUGGUUUUCAAAGAGGGCAAAGGGAUUGCGAGGCUCAGUUAAAUUAAUCAUUAUCAGGCGUGUUAAUGUAGUGUGUCACUUAGACUGGACAUGAACACUGGAGGAACACACAUUUAAAAUAUUUUCAGACUAAUCAGAACUGGAAACGUUAUAAUCGUCCAUCCAAAUGAACCCCAUCUGCCACCAUACUCAUUAUGAUUUAAGUACCCUGUUCAAUCAUUCUGCAGUAUAUGAGACAGCCAUUCUGUCUUGUAAUUGAAUUUAUAGCAGUGAGCUAUUACAAAAAAUAGUUAACAUAAUAAAAUCAUAACACAAAAUUGGACACUACUCUGGAAAAUUAAUAAGUUCAUCGUAGGCUCCUGCAGCAUGAUUGAACUUGACACACUGUAGGGCCUUACGUCCAAAUUGGUCUGUAACACUCAAGGAGUGAUUUUGCCUUUAUAGAUGUGUUUAAUCUUGGCCAUUACCACAGAAUGUUCCUCCCUGAAAGCCUUUAGCUCUUUGUAAUAUAGCUGCGUGAACAGUAUCUUCAGAGUUCGCCCUCCUGUCAGAAACUACGACUGAAGAUGGAGGCUAUUCCUUGGACAGUAUUUGUUUAGUUUAAUAGAUUUGAGAGAUUUAACUGAGAGACAGCGACCAGACAUUGAAUUGCUUGUACAGCAAUAUUGCACUCAAGAGUAACAAAGUCAUCAUGCCGAUGGAGGUUUGAGGGUGGAGGGAGGGAAGGGACAAGAAGAAAAAAAGCCCUGGUAAUAGUGUGUCACAGUGCACCAGGACUGAAAUGUACAGAUCUGAGAAAUACUGAAUGUUCCUUGUAUACUAAUACAUAUACUGUACUAUACCUAAUGUGAAUUUGCUAAAUUCCGACAGCAGACAAGCAGUAAAAACCAAUAAUAAAGCUCCAGUCCGCUCAUC